AGUGUUAUUGCAACUAAAUCUGACUAAAACUGAUUAUAGUCUGAUGUUUAAUCAGUCGUGAGUCAUUUUCUAUUUUCUUUCUCCUCAGAGAAGCAGAGGUCUUCACUGCCCCAGAAAGAUGUUACGAUGACACCAGUUAAGGAGAAACUUUUGGAAACACUGGAAGAAUUAUGUUUCGGGGAAUUCUUGCACUUCAAAGACAUCCUGCAGAAACUUCAAAUGAAAGAAUUCCCAAGAGUCCGAAUAGAGAUGGCACAGAACAAGGUUGACUUAGUGGAGUUGAUGGUUGAGAUCUGUGGUCAACAGUCUGUGGAGGUGACCAGGGAGGUUUUAAAGAAGAUGAACAGGACGGAUCUGGUGCAGAGGUUGUCAGACACCAGCUCAGGAUCUAAAGGUCCUUCAGGAAGCUUGGAGUCUGGGGCUCAUGGAGGCAUUAUGGACGAAACAAUGACACGAGUUAAGGAGAAGCUUUUGGAAACACUGGAAGAAUUAUGUCUCGGGGAGAUCAAGCAGGUCAAGUGGUGGCUGCAGAACCUACAAAUGAAAGAUCUCCCAAGAAUCCCAAGAGUCCGAAUAGAGAGGGCAGACAGCAUGGAUGACUUAGUGGAUCUGAUGGUGGAGAUUUGUGGUCAACAGGCUGUGGAGGUGACCGGGGAGGUUUUAAUGAAGAUGAACAGGAUGGAUCUGGUGCAGAUUUUGUUAGACACCAGCUCAGGAUCCAAAGGGCAUUCAAGAAGCUUGGAGUUUGAGGCUCAUGGAACCAUUAUGGAGUCCAAAGACUGGACUAAACUUGAACCUGAAGUGAACAGUACAGAUGCAGAUGAGGCUCCAACUUACAGCCUACAGUCUGAAGCAGGAAAGUUUGAAUGCAGUGUCUCUGACCUGCGAUGGGUCUGUGAAGAAAAGGUCAGCAUUAAGUACCAGUUCUGGUCUUGGGAAGAACACAUGGAGAGAAUGGAAAGCUUACAAUACAUGCCUGCAGGUCCUCUACUGGACAUCACAGUCAUUGCUGGGAAGUUAAAUGAAGUGUACCUGCCACACUGGAUCUGCACAGAUGACUCUACAAUAUUAGACAAGUUUGCAGUCCUACACAUAGAUGCCUGUGGAGAUGUUGUUGAGGACGUGUCUGAGGUCACAUCAUCCCAUGUCAAGUUAUCCGAACCAGUUUUUUCUCCAAGAGCGGUUCUGAUGAAACUUGGCUUUCCGGUGAAAAUAAAGUGCAACGUGUUAAUAUACUAUAAACCAAACACAACGUUCCUCAAACUCCAUGUGUAUCUGAUCCCACAUGAUCCUGCUCUAAAACAGACAGUGGACAAAACAGAAUCCUUAGAUGGAUACACAGUAAUCCGGAAGCCACAUCCAGACAAGUAUCUGAAAACGCAACAAGGAUUCGUUCUCACCGCAGACAUCGACACAGCAAAAAUUUCCCCUCUGGAUGGGAUAACCCUCAGAUAUGACAGCCAAGACCCGAAUUUCUAUGAAGUGUUCAUUGAACAUCCAGACAGAAACUUCAACUUUACACUCUUUGACCGUUAUGCAAAGAAGAGUGAACCAGUGUGUGAAUCAGUGUGGACCUGUGAAAUUCGAAAAGCUGACUAUCCAAACUCUGGUCAUUCAGAAGCUGCAGCAUCAUCAGCUGGACCAGCUGGUGCUACAGUGAAAGCUUUGGGAUCCUCACGUGGAGCAACUGGUGGAAAUACCUUGGCUGAAGGCAGGUCCACAGAGGAACAAAGUGUGGAUGAACUAUCUGCACUGGUCCAGAAAGCAGCAACAAUCACAACAGUUGAAGAGAGGCUUUUGGAAAUGCUGCAACAUUUGGAAGAGGAAGAUUUCGAAGACUUCAAGUGGUUUUUGCAGAAAAGAAACCUCAUCCCAGCAGACCUCCCGUGCAUCCCAUGGAGCAAACUGGAGAAGGCAGACAGGAAACGUGUGGUGGAUCUGAUAGAGCAGACCUACAGCCAACGGGCUGUGGAGGUGACCAAGAUGCUUUUCAAGAAAAUAAACAGGAACGAUCUGGUGAAGCAGUUGUGAAACACCAGCUCAAGAUCCAAAGGUAAAUUAUGGGAAAACAACAAACAAACAGAAGUGGUUUGUUGAGUGACAAAAACAAUCCCAUAAAUUAUUUUCUUUACCUCAUUAUGAAUCUUAAACUUUGUAUGCAGGGUGCGGUCUGUAGGUCUUCAUUGGGUACAUUUACAUUCACACUAAUAUUCCACUAUUAUUCCAAAUAUGACAAUAUUCUGAAUUUGACAUGGGUCAUGUAAACAACAUAUUCUGUUUGGAUAUUCCAAAUUAGGCCUAAAACAAAAAAAAGAGAGAUUUGAGGGCUUUGAGGGUUUACCCCUGCGCAGGCCAAAUGACAUAUGAUGGAGCAUGAAGGCAGACAGAGGAGAGGGAUGAGAGGAGAGUGGAAAGCUGUUCAGGGCGGGCUGGAAAAACAGAGCGCGCCUCCUCCACGACGGGGACGGAGGGGAUUGGUUAUAAUCCUGACUGACACCAGCUCAAGAUCCAAAGGUAAAUUAUGGGAAAACAACAAACAAACAGAAGUGGUCUGUUGAGUGACAAAAACAAUCCCAUAAAUUAUUUAUUUUAUUUACCUCAUUGUGAAUCUGAAACUUUGAAUGCAGGGUGUGGUCUGUAGGUCUUCAUUGGGUACAUUUACAUUCAGGAGGAGGGGAUUGGUUAUAAUCUUGACUGACGGUGACGACUUGGUGUGAUGCACCAGCAACACUCAGCAGUGUAGUAAACAUCAUGGGACAACGGAGGUACUGGAUGUGCCUGUAACUAUAAAUUUAUAAUAU